ACGCACGAAUUCGGUAGCACGUGUUCCUUUUUUUGCCUUGAUGGUUACCGCCUAUCUGGGAGUUCAUUUGCGUUUUGUCAGGCCAACGGACAGUGGAGUCUUACGGCUGAUCAAGUCACUUGUAAAGACAACGAACCUCCAGUAAUCACGUGUUCAAGUCACGUGUUUUACGCUGACAGCGGCACGUCAACAGCAAUGGUUCAUUGGCCGGAGCCUGUGGUUAAAGACAAUAUCAAUCUCGACAUAACGGCAGAGAAGCUCUCUAUCAUCAACCAAGGGGAUUCACUAGAAGAAGGAACGUACCUGAUUCCAUACCGUGCAACCGAUUCAGCAGGAAAUUCUCACACGAUGUUGUCAGAAUGCAACGUUACCAUUCAGGUCCAAGUUGUGAAAUGCGCAACCGGCCCGACGGACCGUUUAAAUGACACCCGCUUUCUGAGGUACAACUGCUCCGACUCGACCUACUCCGAUGGCGUCCAGUGUUCUCUGUUUUGCGAUCUUAAUCUCGACCUAGUCGGUGCAAGAAUCCUUACAUGCGAGCGUGAUGGAACUUCCGGGGUUGGGAUUUGGAAAUGGAAUUUCGGGGAGGAACCCUAUUGCAAUGUGGUACAAUGUCCGCCAUUGGCACCACCAGCCAACGGCGCCAUGAGUUACGACAGCAUCAAUGCAAGACCACUUUACGUCAUGCUGUGUCAAUCUCCAUAUGACAGUCCGGUCGUGGGUUCUCACUUCACCGGUAGACUCAGCUGCCAGGACAGUGGAACGUGGUACCCUUUGGACGCAUUCCCCGACUGUAUUAUUUCACUCUGGAGCGAUAUGGUUCUGCCGGCUGAGCUUAUUUACGAGGGCAACUGUGAAGAUGAGAAAACAAAACAAACUAUCAGAGAACAGGUGCUGAAAUACCUUGGAACCAUAAAAGAUGACAUUGAUAACUCAAUUUGUCCUGGUAAAGAUUGCAGAGUGGACAAUUUAGUAGUCGUGUGUGGUUCUAGAAGGAAGAAACAUAUAAUAGCUAAGAGGCAAGCCUCGCUUGAUAGCAGCCGCUGUUGCUAA